CAUUUGUGCACUCGAAAAAAACGGACGUUUAAUAAUACUUCGCUGGUGUGAAUUCUCUAGAAGUCAUACAUUUCCCCGUUGAAAGCUUAAAAAUGUCUCAACUUGGAUCAUAUGCCUCCGAUCUCAAGUAAGAGAUCUUUUAUUUAUUUCUCAAAUAAUGAAUUAUAAUAUACAGUAAUGUUUGAAACAGAAACAUGUGUUGUUGUUAGAAUUUUAGGUAUAAAAGUAUAGUCCGCCUUCGUUCGGCUAACUUGAUGAACAUUGAGUAACACGAGGCUGAAGUAACUGAAUAAUUUUAAAUCGAAUAAAAGAAACAUUGCAAAAUUUGUUUUGAAUGCAGCAAUAAAAUAUGGAUCAUUUUUUCAUGCAGUCGGUAGAAAUAGGCUGAUCGAGAUUGGGCAAUAUAAUUAUGGUAAAUUAUAGACUAUACCCCAUGUCCAUACUAUAAUAAUACUCAUGACUAUAGUGUCUAUAGACUAGUGUAUAGUAGUAUAGAUUAUUAGUAGAUUGUAAUAAUAUAAUUAUUAUGAAUUUGGAAAUAUAAUUAUGAUAAACAUAAAGGCAAAGGGCUUAGGCUUAUAUGAAGUUUUCCACUACUCCAAAAUUCUGACUUUACGUAGUAUAUACAUUAAAAUUAAAAUAGAUAUAGGCCAGCCCACCCCAGCUUGCAGCCAGUGCACUGCUCCGCAUAGGCAUAGGCCAAUUCGGUCGAUAGGCGAUAGGAUUAUUGUAAACAAGCAGGAAAUCAAUUUCUACAUUAAACCCAAUGGCUUUUUACUUACAUAUGCCUUAAACUUAAAAUAAAAGCAGCUACAAUGCUGAAAGACCACACUGUAUCAGUGUAGUGUAGUAAAAAGUAUCAUAUUUAUAGUAUCAACAUAAGGCUGCGGCUUUCGGACCGGGAUGCAAGAGUGAGAGGUUGGGUUUAACGGUUUAAUAAAAAAAAUAUUAAAAAUAUUAUUGUUGGGCUUGUAAGAAUCAAGAAAAAACUUGGUAUCAAAUGAAAGAUAAUUUAAUAGAAAUGCUAUUCGAAUGUCAUUUGUGAUAAUUUAUUUUAGUUAAACUGAAGAAGUAAGUUUACAAACAUAUAAUAAUAUGAAUAUGAUGAUAAAUAUAUUCAAUUAAAUUAUCUUUCAUUUGAUAACAAAUUUUGUCUUACUCUUACAAACCCAACAAUAACAUUUUAAAUAUUUUUGUAAAUAAACCCAACUUCUCACUCUUCUCUGGUUCCCUUUAGCCACUUGGAUCAUCAUAAUUUAAUUUAUGAUUAUAAUUAUGGAAGUCUUUAGUCUUAGCAUUUUAGAUUUAGAUUAGAAGACAGGACUUUUUAACUUGAGGGCUUUUCAAAAUUCUAUAAAGUAAACCUGGUGACGUUAUCAUAAUAUAUUUUUAUUUUAUUAAUUGCUAUAGAUACAGUUGUACAUGUCCCCAAAGUCAGUUGCCUGUAAUAGGCCUAAUUGCUUUAAAAUACAAAACCUGUUAGGCUGAAUCAUUUAUUUACCUCACACACAAAUAUUAAUGACUACUUACUUACUAUAGUAGAAAACAGGUCUAUGCCUAUGGGGCUAAAUAAUGUAAUAAAUUGUACUUCAUGAUAAAUUUGUUUCUUAGGCUAAGCAAUGAAAGCUGAUACUGCUUUUAAAUAAACUAAACUGUAAUGUGACGAAAAUAACACAGUUGCAAUAUCGGCCUACUUAUCAAUUCAACUGUAUGAGAAAUAAAUUGACACAAUUUUAUGUAUGUAUACUAUUUUUAGAUUUCCUGAAUGAGCCCUGGCAAUAGGCUUAGAAUGAAUACUUGUGCAAAUUAUGCUAUGAAAAAUUCUUGGUCCAAUGGCUCAAAAUUCGUAGCAAAUUAAGUUUUUCUAAAUUAAAAUACUUAUUUUUUUUGUUUUUUUUAUUCUUAUGUCAGAAAUAUUGAGGCCACUGUCUUAGAUAGUUGACUAUUUAAUAAUGCCUAAAGUGAUUGAAUUCUUUCUCCCAUGAUUGUGUGUUGGGAACAUACAGGAACACUAUUCUAAAUCAACAUAAAAGAAAAAUGUAAUGCUUUAGUAAACUUUUGCCUCAAAAGUAAUGGUUAAUGUUAAUGAAUUUUCAAUGUAACAAAACCAAAAAAUAUCUAGUUUGAAAGUAAAAUACCAUAAUGCCAGUGAUAUAAAAACACAUGUGACAAUGCCUAUAUCAUCAGGUUCUUGAGUAUCAAAUAGUUAUAAUAAAUUUUAUGAGGUGCAAAUAUGUUUCUUCUGCUCAACUAUAGCUCAGGGACUAUCUUUGCCUGCACUCACAGACAUUGUGUUGGAUGAGAUGAAAUAUAACCAACCUUUAAACGACCAGUUAUGCUCUCAUGUUAUGAAUCAUCCCCUACAUCAGACUAUGCUCUGAUAGCCAUCUAUGAGAGGCUUAAUAAAAAUUCCUAGGUUAUUCUAGAGUUGUUAGACUAAUAGUUUCUUUACCAAAUUUUCUAGGUAUGCCAAAGAUUAUUUUUUGCAUCCUUUUGGAAUAAUUGUCCAAAUAAUUGGCUUGUCUUGAAAGGGGUACCGGUAAUAAAUUUAUUGUGAGAUAAUCUAAUUAUCUGAAAAAAUCAUUAUCAUGUACUUUACAAUUAAAAAUAAUUAUUAUUUUAUUUAUGUUUCUCUUAAAAUGUAUUUAUAUUUAUUUCUUAACUAAGGAAUUACUAUUUGCUUCCUUUCCAUCCAGGCUGUUCUGUGUUCUUCAAUUAUCACAAUAGGCUAGGACUGCCUAGAGAGCACAAUGGCAACAACUUGGCGGUCCAUAAAAUUAGGAUUUUAAAUCCCUUGAACGUGAACAUAUAAAUUUAUAUAAGCAAAAUAUUUAACUGAACAGAAUUAAAUGAAAAAAUAUAUAUCAACUUUACAGUUUUCUAAUGCUGAAAUAGUUUGAAUUUGGGGAAAAAAAGGAAAUACUACUUUUUGAAAAUGGAUAUUUUAAAAGAUGAUCAUAGUGACAACAGCAAUGCUAGCAGUGACCUGAGCAGUGAUGGGGAGAUUGACCACAUCCUGUUGUUUCCGAUAACUGAUGUCGAUGUUGAUGCCUCCUGUGAAUCUCUUGCAGAUCAGCAAAGCACAAGGAAUUCAACUCACCGUUUACGACAUGAUAGUGAGGAUGAACCGGUGAAACCUUUCAUUACUCUUAGAGAAAGAAGAUUACUAAAGGUAAUUAUAAAAAAAUGUAUCACAUCUUAGGAAAAAAUAGUCCUGAUUUCUUAAAACUUGCAUUUAAUGUAGAAAAACUGAUAUUUUAAGUAAUGUAUCAAAUUACAGAUCUUGUAUCUAAACAAAAUUUUUGACAGAGAUCUGUUAGUAGCUACUCAACACCAUUCACUAUCGUUAAUAUAUAAGGGAAAUAACCCCUUGAUCUACAGUCGUCAGUUUUUAAUCACAUAUAAUUUUGAUAUUCUACAAGAAAUUGAAAAAUCUAAAUGAUUUUUUAAAAAGCUCUAAAUAUAGAAUUGAUGAUUUAAUGUAAACUUUCCUCUCAGGCAUACUCAGGUGUAUUGCCAGAAAGUAACCUGAAACCUUUGGCCAUUUCAAAAGCCAGAGAGAUCCAAUCUGCCACUGAUGCAAGCACUAAACAGAGACCUCAGUUCAAACUGAAGCCAAAAUUUGAAAGAAUUAUGAAAAAGCUGCGUAAAGGAGUUGAUCAUUGGGAGAAGUACCAUUUAGAUGAUAUUGAAACAGAGCUGGCUAUUAGACAUCGAUACAAUCCCAGAAGGAAGACAUGGACACAGGACCACGUUCUAGUAAAAAUGGAAAAAAAGGUAAAACCUGAUAUUAACACUGAGAAGUAUUAAUAUGCAUCAAAUAUCAAAUUCUUGCUACUCUUUCACCUCAAAUUAAAAAUUUAUCAUAUUUCUUGAUGAAAUAGAAAUGAUCGAUUUUUAAUAAACAUUUUCUGUAUGGUUAUUUUAAUUCAAGUGAUUUAUUAUGCUUUAAUAAUAAUCUCCACAAUCAUAUGAAAUAAAAUUUUAGGACAACAUUGUAUUAAACAUUUUUUAUUUAAAUUGAUAGCAGUGAUGGAAAAAUGUUCUUGUUUUCUCUUAGUUAUUAUAUUUCUGUAUUUACUGUUUUAUUUUCUCCGAUCAAUAAACGAUGCUGCUGGGUAGCCGUCCAUGGCUUGACAUGUAAAUAGUUCUUGAAUGUGUGGAGUGAAUAAACAUUUGUUUUGUUUUAUUUAAUUAAUGUAUGUUAAUUUUUAAGUUCAUAAUUAUAUUUGUUAAAUUGUAUGUACAGCGUGGUGAGCCCAGCCCAAGGCUGGUGUACAGUGCUAUAUAAAACGACCGUUAAUAAUAAUAAGUUAAAUUGUGGAUAAUUCAAAUCCGUUUGCUGAAAUUUGAUUAGCUGUUCUUACUGUUAAAAAAAUUUACUUAAAAAUGAUAACUGAACAAAUUAUUUUUUCUUUUCUUGACAGCCAUUUACUAGAGGUGCCAUGAGGCAGUGUUUCAGAGUGUAAGUACAAAUAAUAUCUCAGAUCAUACAUGCCAACCUGUGCAGUUUACCCUACUUUGAACAGUUUUUAUACAUUUGCCAAAUUGUACGGCUGCAUAGGCUUUCGUACAGUUCUUUUACUGGAUUUAGAAAAGAAAUAUUUUUGCACAAGACACGUUCAAAACUGAUGGUGCGAUAGAUUCAACAAAGUACAUGAAGAAGCUUAAAUUCUAUUUCUUCAUUCAAAAUGACCAAGUUGAUGAUGAGUAGGCCAUCUUAAUUGAGAAAUGGUGCAGUUUAAUUGAUAUUAUUCAUUGAUAGUAAGACAGCAUAGUACUAAUUUCAGAAGUAAACCUUAAUUACAAUCCAUUUGUAUAAUUCUUAUCAAGAACUGGAUUGUUAGUAACUGUUCUUUUAAUUUAUGUUAAAUAAUGAAAUAUAUUUAAUAUCACUGUCAAUGACUAGCAUUAGUCAUUAGUCCUGUUUUUUACAAAGACAUGACUUAAUACCUCUGUUACUGGGGAAAAUAAGAUUAUAAGUUGAAAGUUACAUCGAUAACUUUGUCAAGACAGAAGAACUUUAUUUUACUUCGUUAAUUUAAAUGCAGAACAAUUAACAGAAGACAUGUUUGUAAUUGCAUCUAAAUUGAUAUCUAAUCCAUCAUCUGAGUCCAUUUGUAAUAAAACUUCUAUGGACCAGUGUAAAAAUUUUGAUGAAAAUUGGACAUACAACAAGUUAUUUCCAUUCAAAAGAUGUUAGGUAUCUAUUUACGAAUGAUGGAAACAUGCGCACCACGAAGGAGAGACUAUUAAUUUUUAUUCAUGAAUUCAAAACACAUAAUAAUGUUAAAAAAUGUAUAAAUUAUAAUUUUUUCAACCUUGCUUUUUUUUUUGCUACAGUAUUUUUAAGAGUGAAAGUACAGUUUGGUCAUUGUGUUGUAAAAGUACCUAUAUGAAACUUCAAUAUUUAGAAUUAAUUUUUAAAAUGUAUUAAAUGUUUCCCCCAGGAAAAAGAAGCAUUCAUCUAUGUGCAACUCAGCUUUGGGAAUAGAUAAGAAUGCCAGCAACUAUGUGGCAAAGAGCUACAUUGAAGUUGUAGACAGAGAGGUUUAUUUUCAAGAUGUUAAACUCCAGAUGGAUGCUAAGUUGUGGGGUGAAGAAUACAAUAGACAUAACCCCCCUAAAAAGGUGUGCAACUACAGUUUGUUUUAAAUGAUCAAAAUAAUAAUUGUUUCUGGAUAUCAGUUUGUUAUGAAAUAAACAUAAACCCUAUGCAUUACUACAGACAAUAUAUAUUAGGUAAAUAAAUUUAAUUAGUUAAAUUUUCUAAGAUGUACUGGCUAAAAAAAGGCAUCUACUAGUAAUUUUAUGUGUACAUUUAAAUUGAAUGGCUUAAGCAUAAUAGGCAUCUUAUAAUGAAAUCUCCAUGCAUUUAAAUGAUAUAAUUUAUAAUGAUGAAUAUUCGUAUUGCGGUUGCUGUCUUAAAUGCUAAAAUUUUAAUAAAAUUAGUCUCGUUCUUACUCAAAUUUUUUUUGUUUUUAUAUUUAGGUGGACAUCUUCCAGAUGUAUGUGUUGGAAUUCCCAGACCGACCAGGAAAACCACUUUUUCACCUGGAGCACUUUAUUGAAGGAGAGUACAUAAAGUAUAAUUCUAACUCUGGAUUUGUGGAGGAAAAUUUAAGGCUCACUCCACAGGUCAAUAUCAUUGCUGCUUCUGUCAUAUUGUUUGCUGUAAAUGCUGAUAAAGUUGAUUAUUUUUUAUCCUUUAAUCAAAUGAGUAUCUCAUUUUAUGUUGUUUUUUCCUGAAAAGAAGAAAACAAAAAAUUGUAAAUAAAUAUGUUUCAUUUUGGUAACUUUAUUACCAGUUAUUGAUAAAUCACUUGGUAAUUAUUGAUAUUGUGUUGUUUUAAUGCUAUUUUCUUUGAAUGUGGUUACCACCAUUGUCAUGAACAAAUAUUUCCUCUGAUUCAAGGCAUUCAGUCACUUUACUUUUGAGCGAUCAGGCCAUCAGUUGAUAGUUGUUGACAUACAGGGCGUGGGUGAUCUGUACACAGAUCCACAAAUCCACACUGCUGAGGGAAAGGAAUACAAUGAUGGCAAUCUGGGACCCAAGGGGAUGGCACUCUUCUUUCACUCUCAUAUCUGUAAUUCAAUCUGUGAGAGUCUGGACCUAAGUCACUUUGAUCUGUCCACCUCAGAACUUGCUACAUGCAGAGAUUUCAUUGAAAAACAAGUUGGUAUUAGCUUAUUUACUAUAUUUAAUGAUGACUGUUAUUUCUAAUAUUUUUUUUUGUGAUAAAUGUGUGCUUGUGCAUAGUUUGUUGUUUGGAAAUGAGCUGUGAGUGUUACCUUAUGACAUGUUGGCUCAUUAAAUGUUAGUCAUUAAAAGUUAUUCUAUUAAAGUUGUCACAUUUAACAUGCCAAAGCCAGAGAGUGAUUACUUUCGUCAUGAAUCCUGCAUGUGUUCCGUUUCACUUCUGUAUGGUUAAUUGGAAUAAUUAUCUUUUAGAAGUUCAAUUCAAUGACUCAACUCCGUGGCAGUGAUGACUCCUGCAUCUCUGCUUCUCCCAUGGAUACUUUUGACCUGACUGAAAUUCUUGGCCGCCACCAUUCUUCUGAAUCAACCACAUCACAAGAGGAUGACUCCUCUGCUCCCUUGAGUCCUAGUAGUGAAGAUGAACCUAUGUCAUUGGACAGCCCUUUGGGUCACAUUAAAGCUAGAAUUCGAUGGCAGAGUGAAUCUGAACAAGAAUCUCUCACAGCCGUUAGUAGAUCAUUAUUUAUAAUUGACUUUUUUAUAUCACAAUUCUAUUUGUUUAAGAAUUGAAAUCAUAUUUGCUUAAAAAUAUUUUUUACUCAUAAUUAAUUAUGGAUGACUAAACAAAAUAUUUAAGUAAAUAUGAUUUCAAUUCUUAAAACAUUUUCUAAAAUAUUUUAAUAAUUAUUAUUAUUAUUAAAAAAUUUUUUUAUAAAAUGUAUGUUUUUUCACUGUAAUAUAUUUCUAAAGGUUAUUAUAACUUUUAAAAAAAUAGUUAUAAAAUAAAUGUCAGGAUUCUUCCUUCUUGCAUGUGACCUAAAAAACUUUAUUACCAAACCAGGAAGAAGAAAAAAGGGCAUUCAGUGAGGCUCAAGCUCAGAAAACCAGACCUUCAUGUGUUUCCCAUGAACUAGGACUUAGACAGUUGGCUAAUAUCAUGCGCAUUGGAGAUUCAGUGCUGGGACAAGUAAGUGUUGCCACUAAAGACAAAAUUUAAAAGGAGGUUUUGGGAUCAUUUUAUGUAUGUUGAAUGUGUAAUAUUAGGUACUUCCGUAUCGCCCGGAAAUUCCCAAAAAACGGGUAUCGGAAUUUCGUUGUCAAAACGGCGACCUCCACUUUUUAAUUUUCCGAGAUCAUCGUUGUUUCAACUUUUAUAGUCGAUUUUUAGCAUUAUAAUAAAUUGUACUUCUGCCAAUUAAAGCGGAGCGGACAUCUUGCUUGUUCUUUUAUUUUAAGAAUUUAUUUUUUUUAAAUUUUUUUUUUGAGGUUAAGGCUUUGAAAAUUGAAGUUGAAAAUAUGAAAACUUGAUCAAUAACUUUUUUUCGAAAAAGUGCUCAUUGAUUAAAUUAAUAUCUAAUUUAGUUUAUAAGGUCAUUUAUAACAUAUCCAAAAUUCAUGAGUGUAGACCAGAGGGUUUGGUCAAAAACGAAAGUCACAGAUGUAAUUUUUUUAGGCUAUAUAGAUGUAGAUGUAUAGAUAUAUUUAAGGCUAUGUAGAUGUAAUAAUAUUUAUUGAAUAUUAAUAUUAUGAUUCUUAAGGCAUAAAUUAAUUAAAAAUGUUUACAAAAAUAUUCACUUACCUUUAAUAUUGAAAUAAUCCUAUAUUUAAUCACAUAUCACAAUAUUCCACAAGAAAAUUAUUACAUAAUCCUCAGUAUUCUCAAAGAAAAAACACACUUUCUGUCACAAUAAUCCAAGAAUUGCAAGAAUUACUUAAGAUAUUAUUAAAGAACAAUCAUGAAAACUUAUACUUACCUCAAGUAAAUGACUAGAACUUAUUUUAAUGUCUAUCAACCGCCAAAGUUGAUUCUAACAAUACAUGUUGAUUUGUGAAACAAGAUUACUAUCUUAAAAUAAAUGACAUACUAUUUUGUUGUCAUAUUUAAACAUUCAUAUGAUUUGGGACUAAAAUACCAGUACAUACAAACAUAGAAAAUGGUAAAAUAAAAAGUGUAAAUGUCAAUUUUAACUAAAUGAAACAAAUAAUCCCUUUAUUAUUUGUUUAUACUUAUAAAUGUUAAACAAGUCUACAGAAAAGAUGAUAUUAAUAUCUAAAAAAUAUUAUUAGUAUUAUGAUUUUUGGGAAAUUAAAAAAAAAUAUUUAAACAAAAUUAAUUAAUUAAUUAAUUACAAAUAAGUGAUGAGCCAGCAUAUUUAUACAUUUUUAAUAGGAAAAUAAUAAAGUUUUUAUUUUUUUAUUUUUGUGGCAUAUUAUCAAAAACUAACUUAUAAUUUGUGGCUUUAUUUAGAAGUAUUCUUAUUUAACUAUGUUCCCUGUAAAUAUUAUAUUUUUGUCUCAUUUUAUAAUAAAGUUAUAGGCGUUAAAAAAAAAGCAAAAUGAGGGUCACAAAAUGUGGAGGAAAAUCCCAUAGUGAAUAAGUGGUUUGAGGUCCCUACUAAAAAAUUCAUAACUUUUGAACCACUUGAGCUAGAAAGUUGAUCUUGGUGUUUUUUAUAAUCUACUCUCCAGGCUCUAUACAGCUGUAGUAUUUUAUAUUUUUAAAAAUGUUUUGAAAUUUUCAUGAAAGUACCUAGUAAUAUGUAUUUUGUAAUAUUAAGAUAAACUUUUAGGUUAUUAGUAAUUUAACAUGACAAUUAUUUGUCUUUAUUAAUAAUGUUACAGUUAUUACUGAUUUUCAAUAUGUGGAUGGAAAAUGGAUUUAAACAAAAAACUCUUAUAUAAAGAUAUAUGUCCAUAAUGUUCUUAGCCUAUAUUGUAAAAGUAGGUUACCAGUAUGAUUAAUUUUUUUAUCAAAGAUUUUUGUCUUUAUAACUAUAAUACUUUUUUUUUUAAAAUUGCAAGAUACACCAUGAAAUGGCUAAAUAUCAUGAGAUUGGACGUUUUGCUUUGCAAGAAGAUGUCAUUGACUGGGAGUCUGCACUAUUUCAUGAGGAGCAUGCUGCUCAGUUGGGUGUUCUUGAAGCCAUUAUAACCAUGGCAAGGCUUUACCUAGGGCUGCAGAGAGAUCUUUUUGUCAAUUGUGUUGUUCAGGUUAGUUGAAUUAAAUUAGUUCAAAUGAGUGUGUAAUAUACAAAAAAUAGCUUACUUUCUUUUACGAGAUUACAUUUUAUACUGAUGCAUUGUUUCUCCAGCAAACACCAGAAAUGAUUGACAUGGGUAUUGACUAUAUGGUGCAGGCGGCAGAAGCAGGUGACAGGAAUGCCAUGAUAUAUAUGGCUAGGGCUUUUGAAACUGGAGAAAACUUGGGAACCAAAAGGUUAGAGAUCACUUCAAAAAUUUAAGGCAGAAAUAAUAAGAUUUAAGACAUACUUGUGUAAAUCUGAUCAUAAUCAACCAUUAUACUAUUUAUAGCCAUGCGUUUUUUUUUAAGACUGUAUUAAUAUGUACUUAUUUACCAAUAAACAUUGAUUAAAAGAGAAAGAGUAAAAAAAAUUUUUUUCUUUCAUCAUUUAUUAUGCUUAUCAUAAAAUUCAUGUCAAAUAUUACAUUUAUUGAAAUGGCUUUCCAAAUUUAAAAAAUUAAAUUGAAAUAUAAAUAUAUGUAAAUCAUAGAAUCAUGUAUAUAGAUAUUUACAUUUAUAACUUAAAAUCUCCAACAUGUUUUCUUUCUUCAAUUGUAAAUUUAUGCUAGUCUCAUCAAUGAUCACUAUAUAAUCUCUCUUUAUGCUUUAUCUAAUGCAUGUGGAUUUUUUUAUAAUUUAAUAGCUCUUUUACAAAGUUAAGUUCUACAUUGUAAUUAAAACAUUUUCUAGAUCAAUUUCAUGGGAAGACGCUGUGCACUAUUACCAAAUGGCCAUAGGGAGGAAUGAUCAUGACGAGGGUGGGGAGUUUGACUCUACAAUGGCAGAUCCAGUACAUCAGCUUCUGGCGCAACAGGCUGAGAUGUACAGAGUUGGUGAUCAUGGGCUUGAUAAGGAUGUACAGAAAGCAGGUACCAGAAUAUAUGCUCAAAGUUAUUUAUUUGAUCCUUUAACUACAUAUAGUAUGCCGGUAACUCUAAUAUCCACAUAACCAAUUUAAACUAAUUAUUAUUUUUCAUUAAAUUUAAUUCGGAGGUGUUCAGCCAGAAUCAGAACAAAAUUUAUUUGGAAUGGUUCCAUUUAAAAUAAAACACUCCACAAAGAUUUUCGGUUGAUAUGAUUCUUCUUUUUUAUCCUACAGGUGACCUGUACAAUGAAGCAGCAGAGGCAGCCACUGCUGCUAUGAAAGGUCGUCUAGCUAACAAGUACUUUAUGUUGGCAGAGGAAUGCUAUGCCGAGAUGGAAUAAACAGUAGCAAGCUGAGGUCAUGGGAACAGAACACUGGUGACUAAUUUGACUUCUUAGAUAAGAACUCUUUGUGUAAUCCUCUAAGUAAAUUAAUGAUAGAUGAAUGUAGCUAAACCCAGUUAUAUUUAGUGCAAUGAUCAGCCAUUUUAUUUGAUUUGGCAGGUCCUUUUACAUUUUAUGAUCUCUUGCUUUAAAUUAAUAUAACAUCAUAUUUUAAAUGUGAACUAUCUACCAGCUUAUUUUUAAAUCCACAAAGUAAGGAUUAGGGACACAAUGACCCUAUGUUUGGUUCGCUAAGAAUCAAGCAUUCAUAUCAGUGUGUCACUCAUUAUUCCACAUUCCUCAAAUGUUUUACUUUUUACCUAAUCCAUCAAAUUCAGAGUAGAACAGUGCCUUCAGAUGUAUGAUAUGUGCUGUAUUUGUGCAUAAAGUCCGGCAUUUUUUUUUUUACUUUCAUACAUUUAAUUUUAGUUUUAUCUUUUCUCUGGGCAAUCCAGAUGAAAAAGGAACUCUAAAAUUAAAAACAACUGUUUUUUUAUGUUUAGUUCAUUUACCAGGUAGUUUGGUUUCAUUAAGGAACCCCCUUGAUCUGACUGAAUAUAUUUAGGAAAUAAGCAGAACAAAGUAGGUGAAAACCUGAAAAGAUAAAAUGAAUAUAUUAUAUGGAAACUUAAACUUUCACCAUCAUCUGCCACCUGAAGAUGCACAUUAAAAUCCUAACAGAAUUCAUUUCUUUUUUUAACGCAAGAAAAACUGAAUAGCUACUGGUAUAAGCUUUUUUAUAAUUAGUCCUUUAAGAAACUAAUUAAAUUUGUAUGUUUCUGAUGUUGUGACAUUUUGAAAGUUGUUAAUAUUAUUAUAUUUUUUGGAGAAAAAAAUGAUAGAAUGAGUUGUGAGUUUUUGUAUAUUUAAUGUUUACAAAUGUGUUGAUAAAUAAUAAAACCUGUUGUUUUUACUUGCAAGUAAAGAUAAUACAUUUUUUUGGAUGCAUUACAUAAGUUUAAGCUUUCUGUUCCACCCGCGUUGGUGUUAGUUACUAUUUUAUUACAUUUUGAAAGCAUUUGUGCUGAAAUUUCCUAUUUUAUUUUAAUGGUGGCUCUGGUUUUUCUAAUAGAAUCUUUGCAAAAUAUUUACUAACAUUUUGAUGUUAAGUUUCGCAUUUAGUUACAACAUGAUUUGAUGUUUUUUACUCUUUUCUGCUUAAAUGUAAAGUUUUCUAGUUGUCUUAAAGCUGUUAAAUUGUCAAUAACUUUUCAACUUAAUUUUUAGCCACAUUACCUUUCAUAGAUCAACACUCAGCACCAUAUUUUCCCAACAAUUCUCUCAUCUAAGUAAAUUUGGUUUGACCAUCAUAAAUAAAGUUAGAUCCUUCCAUUAAAAAAGCGAUGUUUAAGUUUAAAUUUUAUUUUUAUUUUCGAUCCUUCCAUUAAAAAAGCGAUGUUUAAGUUUUAAUUUUUUUUUUAUUUUCGAGUAAAACAAUUCCCACUUCAAUAAGUAAAGUAAUUUAAGUAAAAUUCAUUAUUAUUAGUAGUACAACUUGAAAUAGCACAAGUUUGAAGAAAUUAAGCAAAAAUCAAUCAUGGUCUAAAUAAUAACAAAUUAUUUCUGUAACAACUUCUAAUAAAGAAAAUAAUUUGUCCAUAUGGCCAUUAGAACAAUUUACACACACACACACAAAAGAAAAAGCCAUAAAGUUAAUAUCAUGUCUUUCCAAUUAAUUGUUUGAAAUGUUUGUUACUUAUCAUUACACUUUUUUUUUUCCCUCUAAAGACCUUGCUCUUUACAACAGUUAAUUUUUUUUUCCAAUAAUUUCACAUUUGAAAGGUGAAGAAAAAAAAAUUCCUUUAAAAAAUUAUAUCUUCAAAAUUAGCAGUUUUUCCCUUCAUUUAAAUUUUGUAAAAAAAAUGAUAUGAAAGUUGAGCAUCAAAAUAAUUCAUUUCUUCCAUCCAUCACGUCUCAAAUUGUAUCUGUGAUAUAAACAGAGUAUUUUGUUUACAAAUUCUAGUAAUAUUUCCUUACUAAAGUUAAUAAAAUUUAGCUUUUUUAAGCAUUCAUUCUUGGGAUUCACUUUAUUAAAAAGAAAUGGAGCAAGCUACAAUAUAAAAGAAUUGAAACAAACAAUUCUAAUAAGGAAGAAAAUCUCUUGACUUAUGUAGUGCUUUAUUACUUGAAAUUAUGAAAUGCUCAGAAUCACCUCUUUGGGGUUUUCUUAAACUCAAAAGAAUAUUCCAAUUGAUUUUUAUAAAAGACUGUUAUAUUUGUGUAACAUGUAAAUUAUGUAAAUAACGUUAAACUUCUUUUGUUCUAAUUACUAAACUUGAAUUUGAAUGCUUUUAUUAAUCACCUUGAUACGUUCUUUUAGUUUAUUUGUCUUUAUGCAUUAAACUUCAAUAAGAAUUUAAAAUAUUAUUAUCCAGAAGUAGCUUAGUAGUUUACAAUAAUGCUAAAUGUGCCAUAGGUAAUUGUUAAAACAAUAAGGGAUCAUUUAUGAGAAGCAACAUUUUUUUUACAAAUUUAAACUAUUUUUCCACUCUCCUCCACACUAACCCUUUCCCUCUGGUAUUUUCAAAUUAAUUUUAUGUUAAUAUUUUAUAAUGGUUUCAAAUAUUUUUAAAGAAAUUUAAUAAAAUUAGUUACCUGUAUUAGUAUUACUCUAUCAUUCCCCAUCUCUUCACUAAAAAUUAUAUGAAUGCUUAGAUAACUUUUAAUAAUUUUUUCUAAUAGUUCUUUAUUUAAAAAUGAUAAGUGUAUCUAUUUUUCUUGAAUUUAAUAGUUCUAGAAUUAACUCAUGAUCACAUGCAGUAUAAACUAUAUAUCAUGAUUGCAUUUUAAAUCUUGUUUACUGUUGUCUAGGUUAUCGACCUAUCACUUGGCAUUGAUGCAUACUUUUGAAUAUUUGUCUUUACUAAAGAAUUUGUAAAUUUUCAACAGAUACAGACUUGUUCCUUCUAAUCUAGUCCAUUACUCAUGUUCUUAAUCAGUACACUUUAUGCUGAAGAAUCCAUCUUGAACAGUGCAGCAUUAAAUUUGUUAGCAUUUUUUUUUUUAAUCAUAUUUUUGUAUGUAAACAGUUUUUUAAAUAAUUUCCCACCAUUAAAUUUGGACAAAGAAGUUGGUGGAAAGAAAUUUCUCAUCUAAAAUAAAUAAAGUCAUUUUGCUGAAUAGAAAUUUAUAUUUAAUUAUUUUUCAUUCUAUCAAUUACUCUGAUGCAGCCCAAAGAUAUUUCCAUAUUAAAUUUACAAAUUUGUUAUAUACUGUAUUUGAUUCAAAUGAAAGCCAUUUCAAUGUACUGGUACAUGUUGUUUAAAUUUUUUUUUUAAUACUUUAAUUGCAUGCCACUUGACAAAUGAAAAUUUUAAAAAACUAACUUUUUCUGGGUGUCAUUUUGUUUCUGGUUCUAUAAUUAAGGCUUUUUAAAAACUACAUUUUUACAUAUUUUUUAAAGCAUUUAGGCUAUCACUCUUUCCAUGUAUUGAGUGAAGACAAUUUAAUAAUGAAGAUACAAUCUCUUAUUAAAAGUGGGUAAGUCCUAAUGCUAUAUUAUAUGUUUGUUUUCCAUAAAAUGAUUGACCUUUAGUUUAAAAGUCCUGUAUUCUUUGUGCACUACACUAUCAACACAUAUAUCAACAACAUGUCUAAUUCAGUGGUUCCCAACUUUUUCUCCUGGUCUCAUUUUUUAAUGUAAAUUUGCUCAAGCCCACAAAUAUAUUAAUUCAUUUUGAAAUCAUUAAAAACGUCUCCUUAAUGAUAAAACAUCUUUAAAAUAUUAACCCAGUGUAGCUAUAAAGCGAAGCUCACCUGUCUUUACUGCCCAAAAGAAAAAAAAGAAAAAUUUAUAUGAUAAAAAUAAGUAUUUGUUUUGAAUAAUUUUUAAUGAAAAGUUAUUUAGAGGCUAUAUGAAAAUAAUUUAUUUUUUUAAAAUUGAGAUGUCUAGCGUUUCAAUUUCAAGGUGUAAUCACUAAAGUGCCAACCAUUCCCUCGUCUAAUAUAUCUCCUUUUUUGUGGCAUAAAAUAGAUUGUUUAAAUAUACAGAAGCUCUUAGAAAGUACUAUAUGUUGGUUUCUAUUAAAAUAAGGUGACAUUUAAACAUAUGAAGAAAAAUUAUAUUUUAAAAAAAAUUCUUCUGCUGUACAUAAUAUUAUCCUCAUGACAAUUCAUUUGGGAACCUCUGGUUUUAUGUAUGUUUUUUAUGCAAGCUAAUCUCUGUUUCCUAUAUCACCAAGAGUGAUCUGUUGAAAUAAAUACUAUCUUUUUUAUAAGUUAACAUUUCUUGGAUUACUAAAUGAAAUUUUAGUUCUAGAUUAAAGGAGAAAAAUCACAAUAUUAAUUAAUGCUUUUUUUUUUAUGUGGCUAGCAGAAAAGUAUAUUAGUUAAACAUGCAUUAUAAAUAACUAAUAAUAAUAAUAAUGUCUUUUCAUUGAAGCACAAAUUGAUUUUUUUUAAUUAAUAUUUUUCAAUUUAUCUGAAUUCUGCAUGAGUUUUCAAUAAUUGUUUAAUAUUGUAUUUAUCAAAAAUCGACUCCAAGGAUUUGGGGAGAUUUACAGAUUUUGCAUCCAAUACUUAUCAUUUAUUUUUUUGUGGGUUUAAGGUCUUUAAUAACUGUGGCAUCUGUGUAGUUCCUAUUUCUUAGAAUUAGAGAAAAGCAUAUCUUUCAAAUGUAUUGCAGUGGAUUUGAACCUUUUUAUCACUAAAAAUAACUACCUAGACUACCUAAACUAUUAAUAAUAAAAGUAUUACAAAUUAACAUGGUCUAUUUUGGUGAUCAGAAUUGUUUUAUAUUAAACUAGGGCUUAACCAGGUGCAGUUUAUUUUAUACUGGGUCUGGGUAUUUCAAGAAAAUACCUGGUAGGUCCAACUGUAAAAAAAAAAAAAAAAAGUUAACUUCUCAUUUUCUAUAAACAACAGGCCUACAGACAAUCCUACUCCCUACCUACCUGCCUUUAGACAAUAGGUCUACAGACAGCCCUACACCUUACCUGUCGGCAUUUAAACAAUAGCCCUACAGUCAUACACCAUACCCGUGGGUCUUUAUUGAUUGAUAUAUUUGCCUCCAAAAAAAUUCAACCUUCUCACUUGGGUUCAACCAUCACAAAUGACGCUCGCUGCUUGACAGCUUUUUUUUUUUCACCCAAUACUAUUAAUAUAAAACAUGUUGAGAAUGGGGAGGGCCGGUUGUGAAAAGGACGCAGCCAUACCAGAAGCAAAAUAUAUAUGAGAUGAGAUGGAUCAUAUAAUAGGUUACAUCUUGGUUAAAUAUAGAAGCUCUACACCAAAUUUUAUCCCUUUAUAAAUUAUAUAAUAAUCAUGGGACACAUCUUGAACUUUUUGUGACUCAUCUGAUAACUUUUUUUUUUUUAAUUCAAAGUUCAUUAAAAGAAUUUAUUUAUUUGUAUGAAAGAAUUUUUAAAAGCUCAAAGCUGCUCUAAUAAAAAUUGCGUUGCUUUUUAAGAUUUUAAAACUUGAAAGUUUAUCCUUCAUUUUCUUAAUACAUGUAUUUCUUAAAUUUAAAAAAACAUACCCCUGUAGUAAAAGAUUAAUUACACCCUAAAAAAUGCUUUGCUUACUUAUUCAAAUAUAUCUUAAUUUAUUCACUUCAUUAAAACCACAUUGCAAGCAAGAUGGAGAUUUAAAUUACCUGGUUCCUGUGGGUUAUUAUUUUUUUUAAAGGCUAAAUGCAAAUAGAAAAUUUUUUGCAACCCGAAGUCAGAUUUCACCUUUUAAUUAACGACAUUUAAAUUUAAUAUUCUUAUUAGUAUAACAUUUUGUUGUUUCUUGGUAAAUCUAUUAUUUUAUCAAAAGUUUUCUAUUUUUGUACAAAUAAUAAUCUAUAGACAAUAUUUUACUAAAACUAAAUAAAUUAAGCCCCAUCCCUUUUUUGCCCUUAUUUCUAACAGUGUUCUUUCAAUACCUAUUUGUGGUAGGUCUUUUUGUGUUCAUUACUCCAGCAUCUGUUUUUUCUGUUAAAUGGUUUAUACAAUUCUUAUGUACAUUUCUAAGAAUGCUUGAUAUUUCCAAUAAAAUUUAUAUUGACAUCAG